ACAGGUGAGAGGCCUUUCGAAUGCAGUUGGGAAGAGUGCAACAAGAAGUUUGCUAGGUCAGACGAGCUUGCUAGACACUACCGCACUCAUACCGGAGAGAAGAAAUUCUGCUGUCCAAUUUGUGAAAAGCGCUUUAUGCGCAGUGACCACCUGACCAAGCAUGCCCGCCGCCAUGCCAAUUUCCAGCCCAGCAUGCUUAAAGGGGCGAGGGGGUGCCAGCUCUAG